AGUGCAACCCAACAAAGAUUUAGGGAAGGAGUCUACAGCAAACUCCCAAAGGAGGCAUUGAUCAUCCCAGGCAAUGAUAGAGUUGUAGCGGGUCACGGGUGGCGGGCAUUGGGCCCGAGAUUAUGCCCACUUUCUUCCCUGGCAGGGCACUGUCGGCAGUGAUGCUCCUGAUCAUAUUUUGAGAGAGACGCCUGGUGGACUUCCAAAUCUGCUUAAAGAUUUUGCUGCACUGAGGUUAUUGCUGCAGCUGCAGCCAAGAAGGAUGAAGCUGGCGAAAGAGGCCCCAAAGACGGAGCGUCCAGCCCCCCGGAUUGUCCCCCUCCAGGGCUUCUUGGAGGAGCCCCCCAGCCCCACGGCAGAGGAGGCCGGAGGGAUCCCAAUCCCCACUUCAGGGCUGCUGCAGGUUGCAGAACGCCGGCAGCCCCUGAGCAGCGUCUCCUCUCUGGAGGUCCAUUUUGACCUGCUGGACCUGACUGAACUAACCGAUAUGUCGGACCAGGAGCUGGCCGAGGUCUUUGCGGACUCCGAUGAGGAGAACGUUGCCAAUGACUCCUCGGCUGGCCUUCACCCGCACUCGCAUCCCAACCCCCGGGCGGGCUACCUGCGUUCGCCUUCCUGGACGAGGACAAAAGGAGAUCAGGGCCGGGAGAAGAAGCACCUCAGCGACUCGGAGCUCCAGGGAGGCAAAGCGGAUGCCUUCCUGACUCUGGGAAAGCCGGCAGAAGAAUAGGGAGGACAAGAACAGGCCGGGAGCGAAACCAAGGUGCCAACGCUCACUCUUGCACUAACCCAGGCAACUGGUGACCUUAAGAGAUGCCCAUUCCUCUUCUGCACACCUCCGCUGCUCCUCCCACAUAAGGAUGUUUGCAAAUCUUGCCUGUUGUGUACAGACAGCCUCAUCACCAUCACCACCUCCACCACAUUUGUGUCCAUUCCUGCAUCCCUGAAUUUCUGUUGCCAGUUCUGUUCUCUUGCAGAUGCCAACAUUUCUGGGAUUGGGGGAGCUGGAUGCAGUCCCAUUUUGUCUUUUGGCACUUUUGAGCCCUUCUGAAUGUGGUCAGCUAUGGGGAACUUGAGGAAAGAGGAGCCUCCUGGGAAGAGGAGAGCUGCUUCAGCCCCAAACAAUAGCGGAGAAACCUUCCUCAGCCGCGUGCCUUGAGCGAUAGAGGGGCAACCCCCAGAAAUCUCUCAGCCAGGCCAAGGAAUCUCAUCAUACCAAAGGAACCAAGGGGGGGGGACAACUUAAAAGUAUUGUUUCUGUGACACUUCCAGGAUCCUACACCACAAAGCAGGACUCCUGCCUCCCAGGAAGACCUGCUAAGCCAAGGCAGAUCCAGUCCUCAUGUCUUUGAAAAGCACACUCUCUUCCCAGUGGCCUUAUAACUUCCCACCUGCAGCUGUGGGGCUCUGGUCUAAGCACACACACCUCACACUGACACCAUCUCAUCUCACCCAUCGUCCAUUAGAAGUGUCCCAAGGUAUUGAGGAAUAAAUCCCCACUCUGGGACAACGUGGCAAGCAGGGCACAAUGGGCAAUCACAGUGGUGGCUCACUGGCUCACAGCCGCUCGCCAAACCUGCCACUGAAGGCUGCGGAAAAUGGUGACGCCAAGCCAAGUAAUACAUUGAGCAGCUAAGCACAACUCCAGUGCUUCCAGAAAGCUGUCCUGUGAAAUGGGAUGUUUGGCCUCCUUUGACCAAGCAGGGCCACUGCCCUGGGUUGUAUGAAGGGGGCAUCUUCCAUGCUUCCAGAAUAGGACUUGUACAUUCCUCAGAAGCAAAACCUUGGUCUCGGAAAGGUCCUUUCUUCUGCGCUCCUCUGAUAUCGAGAUGCUGGAAAGGUGAAAGAAGGCUAGCGAGAGUGCUGGGAUCUCCCCAGCCAAAGCCCCUUCUUUUUUCCAUGCUUCCCCAUCCUUCAGAUCUGCUGAGGAAGCCCCUUUCACGUUCAUCCAAAUAUUGGGGGGGCUCAGCUUGCCCUGCUCCUUUCCCUUCCUCCCUCCCUUGCUUUCUUCCUUCUGCACACACAUCCAUUCCCUCCAUGGACCACUUUCUCUUCAGCUGCGAUGGAGAUGAUCAACAUCUGAAUACAUUCGGGGAUGGCCUCCGUCAGCCAAACGAGUCUUCCCAACAGAGCUGGUUUUCUCCCCCAUUUCUUCUCAGGAUGGUACAGAAACAGCCAUCUUUGCCACCUCCACCUGCUGCUCUCCUCCUGCCCCAUUUAUUUUCCAUUCCUCGCUUUGCAGCAAUGCUCUACAAGUCUUAUUUUGCCUUUAAAACAAAAGGAUCCGGUAGCUCACUGUGGUUCUACUGAAGGAGAAAAGGAGACCCAAAGGCUGGCCACAGAGGACCAUUCAGGGAAAUGAGAAGCAAGGAGUGCAGCUUAGCCCUUUGACCAGUGAGCCCCACUGCCUCUACAGUCCCCACAGCCCUCUGGCUGAGAAGGAACUGCUUACUACGCAAGGCCAACACCUCCCAAACCAUGGCACAGUCCAACACUUUGGGGAGGCGAUUGUUUCUUCUAAUAGGGAGGUUGCCCAGAAAGCUAUGUAUGCCCCAUUCGCAUCCAGGUGAGAGGUAAAAGUUGGGUGCCUUGUGCCAAACUCCCCAGAAGCUCCCUUCCUUUGCCAUCUCCAACACCCAGAACUCUCCCUCUUUGGUAGCAUAACGGCACUGGCAUCUUUGGGUUGGGAGAAAUUGUUAGGGGACAAAGAGAGGCAGAUUCAUCCCCUUUUCCUCUCCUCUGGAAAAUGCAUGCUCUUUGAAAGCUCUCCAGCACCUCCAUUUUGAGGUUCCCAUGAUCCCUGCCAGGCCAGGAGAUAAUGUUCCAGCAUCCACCAUGGAGCACUGGUUGAAGCACUUUGUGCCGUUUGCUCAGUGUCAGAGGCUGACAGACAAGCAUCUGCUGAUCAGGGCACAAAUCCAGCAAGCCACCAGCUGAAGUGGAAACGCUGGGCAUCAUGACACCCAGAUGACACCCGAGCCACCCACGGAGGGGGCUGGGGGCAAACAACAGCUGCUUCCCAAAUUAAUCCUUCUUGCUUUCACAGCCAGAAAUUCAGCUGUUUCCAGGGAUGUGUCAAGUGCCACAUCCUUCCAGUUUAGUUCUUCACUACCCAAGGUGUCGAAGCCCCCAACCUGCAUCCUGAAUCCCUGUGGGCCAUCCAAGCUGGCUCUAAGAGGGACGAGGAACCAUUAAUCUAACCUGCCAUGGCCACCAUGGGCUCCUCCUCCUCAUUCCUCCAUUACAUUCAAUGUACUCCUGACUAUUUAUCCAGAGAUUUUGGGGGCUUUUUGCUAAUGCACAAUGAGAAGGGAAACAACAAAGGCGUGAAUCACAGAAACUGUGUUGCUACCUCCUUGGAAUAAUCUGUCAUCUUCUGGGCAGAGUGAACAAACUCACUGUAAUGAAGCCCUGGGAAAACAGAACCUGUGCAACCUCUUGGCUGGAAGGGUCCCAUUCUGGCUCAGGAGAUGGAGUAGGCCUAGUUUCAUAAGGGAUGGGGUGCAAUCGACAGUGUGGGGGCUGUCACCACUGACUGUGGUUCAGCACAUGGCCCUCUUGUUCCUGGGGUUGGGUUGUUGUUUUUAUUCUUGGGCACGCCAGUCCAUCUGGAUUGGCACAAUGGGCAGAACCCACUUGCCCUUCUUGCCUUGCAGAUCUGGGCCUGAUCUAGACUGUGCCAAUGUUGCUCUGAAUCAAACAGUAGCAUUCCCCAGGUGGUCUUGGCAGCAUUGUGUGUGUGUUUGUGUCUGUGUGCGCGCAUGCGUGCUUGUGUGGAGGCUUUGCUGUCAAACCCAUGCCUGGACUCACACACGUUGGCCUCUACAUCUGUGGAGGAACAAACCUGGACAGGGAGAACAGAGCCCUG